CACCUGUCUUAUCUUCAAGUUUGGGCUGGACCAAUCACAUGAUUGACCGUGCUAAUCUCCCACUUCUCUCAAUUACACCACGCCGAGACCAGGCGGCUGUAUCAUUCUGAUGUUGGUUGUUCGUAAUGGGAUAGCCAUCUUGCAGAUGGUAUCAAUGGUAUAAUGGCAGAGGCAACUGGCUAUAAGAUGGCGAUCUUUUCUGCAGAAGACGGUGUCUUUGGCCAUCAAGCAGACAUGACCACUUCUUUGACAAACUUGUCUACCAAUCUGGUCAAUUCCUCACAACAACGAAAUUCUCAACAUGGUCGCUCGCCUUGCCUCCGACCUUCCCAAGGUGAAAGAGUUCCCAGCCAGCGCCAACCCAGAUGACAUUGUCCAAGCGCUCAUCCGCACCGGUGGUGUUGUCAUCCGAAACGUCAUCCUACAAGAAACACUAGAUGUCAUCGAGAAAGACGUCCGCCCCUUCAUCGAAGCCGACAAGCCCUGGAAAGGCGACUUCUUCCCUCCCGAAACCCGCCGGGUCUACGGCCUUGCCGGCAAAUCACCCACCUUCUUCAAGAGCGUCGUCGCCAACCCGUUAUACCAAGCCGUCUGCAGCAAGAUGCUCACAGCAGAGUAUAAAUCCUGGCUGGGGCAAAAACUCGAGACAUCCAUCUCCCGCCCUCAGCUCAACAACACAAUUGUCUUUUCUAUCAACCCCGGCGCCAGAGCCCAGGAGCUGCACCGCGAUGAUAUGAUUCACCAUAAUGUCCUCACGGCCAUCACAGCUGACCAAUACAAAAUCGGGCGUGACAGUGGGAUCGGAUGGUUCGUCGCCGGGAAGAAGACCACAAAGGCCAAUGGCGCGACGAGGUUCAUUCCGGGGAGCCAUCUCUGGGAUCAGAUGGAGCCUCCUAGGGAAGAGCUAGCUUUUUUUACGGAGAUGAACCCCGGGGAUGGGUUCGUGAUGCUUAGUAGCUGCUUUCAGGGAGGUAGUGCUAGCACGACAAGGGAUGAGGAGAGGUUGAUUUACAGUUGUUUUACGACGAAGGGGUAUCUACGACAGGAAGAGAACCAAUACUUGGCGUCCUCGCUUGAGAAGAUCUGCGAGUAUUACGACGCUGAUUUGCAGAAGCUGAUCGGGUAUCAGGUUAGUAGCCCGUUUUUGGGCUGA